AUGCCACGUAAGCUACGUAAGAAUAUACGUAAGAGGAAGAGAGCAUUGAAACAUCCAAUAGUAAAACUGACACCACAACAACAGUUGCAACAACAAAUGCUGAAUGACCCCACUAUGUUGCAACAAAUGUCAAGCAACCCUAUGCUUUUAAACCGAGUUAUUGGUGCACAGAGUGGAGGUUUAAGAGCGGCACUUUUAGCGAAAAUGGCAGGCUAUGGUGGAGCUGCAGACGGAACAGCUUAUAACCCUCAAAGUCAAAUGAAUUUGAGUUCACUCAAAAAUCAAAUAACAGAUGUCAAAAAGUCAAACAUAGACAUACAGAAACAAAUAAGUGAAACGAAAAGAAACUAG